AUGGCCCAAUCCUCCCACCGGGACGAUUUCUUCCAGACCACAGCCGCCCUCGACGAUCAGAAGCGCAAGAUCGCCAAAUCGCAGAACACUAAUGGCGCUCCCAUCCGGCUCCAGAGCAAAAUCCUCGCCGUUGCAGCCGAUCCCCUGAGUGCAGGGUCUGUCUUUGUGGCUCAGAGUGGUGGCACAGUCAGGAAGGUCAUACUCGAAACAGGUGAAACUGCGGCCGUAUUCAAAGGCCCAACUGCACCUAUCACGAGUCUCUGUUUCAGCCCCGAUGGUCGCUUGCUGUUCGCCGGAUGCUGGGAUAAGACGGUAUGGAGCUGGGACGUUGCAUCGCAAGCACCGCAACGGCGGUAUGAGGGACAUACCGACUUCGUAAGAUCGGUUGCCAGCGUGAAAUUCGAUGGCCAGGAUGUCCUCGUCACUGGAGGCGCCGACGCGCAGAUUCUCGCCUUCAACAUCGCGACCGGCCAACGACUUUGCACAUUGAAGGGACAUGCCAAGGGGAUUCAGGACCUGGCUCUCGACCCCCUUUCUCUUGGAUCGGAUGGUCCGGACCUGGUGGUAUUCAGUGCUGGCAGUGACCGGGAGAUUCGCCAAUUCGACCUAUCAAAGGGUACGCAAGACCUGACGGGAACCGACGCACUUCUAGCCCACGAGACCAACGUUCACAAGAUAUUCUUCGAUGGCGAUGGCGAUCUAUGGACCGCCUCGGCCGACAAGACUUCAAAGUGUCUCGUGAGAGAGGAUGACUGGAAACCAAACCUGACGUUGAUUCACCCCGAUUACGUGCGGGAUGUGGUGGUUCACGAACAGGGCGGCUGGGUGAUCACUGCGUGUCGGGAUGAGGAGGUUCGGGUCUGGAACCGUUCUACGGGGAAGCUUCACCAUACAUUCUCCGGUCAUUUCGAAGAGGUUACCGGGCUUGUACUGCAAGGGUCGACCGUGGUUAGCGUUGGCAUUGAUGCCACUAUUCGCCAAUGGUCUUUGAAACCCGACGACCUUGAAAGCGCCAUAGCCAAGGCCAAGGCAACCACGACAGAGGAGGAGGAAGAGCAACCCAACUCAGGGUCGAUGCUGACCGAGGAAGAGGAACGUGCAUUGGCAGAGCUGAUGGGAGAGGAUUGA